AUGGACACCACUCCAGCGACAUCGACACCCCACGCACUGUUCGCUCGUGCGGCCCAGUUUCCUGACGCCCCCGCCUACCACACCAAAGUGGGCGACUCCUGGAAGGGCUACACCUGGGCCGAGUUCGCGGGCCUGGUGCGGUCGGCCGCCAAGGGCCUGAUCGCCCUGGGCUUCGAGCCGCUCGCCAAGACCUGCAUUCUCUCCAACACCCGCCUCGAGGUGUCGUACAUCGUCAACCACAGCGAGUCGACCGUCAUCUUCGUCGAGGAUCGGGCUCAGUUCGCCAAGGUGGAGGCGGAGAAGGAGCACUUGCCCCUGCUCAAGCACGUUAUCAUCUUCAACGGCGAAACCGCGGAGAGUCCGCUGGCCAUGUCGUGGGGGGAUUUCCUGGGCAGGGGCGCCGGCGUGGCCGACGACGACGUGGAGAAGCGGCUCAACGCCCUUGAGCCCACCCAGUGCGCCAGCAUGAUCUACACCUCCGGAACGACGGGGCCGCCCAAGGCGGUGAUGCUGUCGCACAGCAACCUGUCGUGGACCGCCAGCACCGCAAGCCAGGUCUUCCAGGCGCAGGCGGGCGACUGCUGCGUGGCGUUCCUGCCGCUGUCGCACAUCGCCGAGCAGAUGUUCACCAUCCACAUUCCUCCCGUCUCGGGCCACCAGGUUUACUUCAACGAGAGCCUGGAGAAGCUGGUGCCCACCCUGAAGGAGAUCCAGCCCACACUCCUCUUCUCCCCGCCCAGGAUCUAUGAGAAGCUGAACUUGGCGCUGGCCUCCAAGUUACCGCCCGGUGCCAAGCCCGACCAGCUGCCCGUCGAGGUCAAGAAAUCGCUCAUCGAAGCCGUCGGCCUCAGCCGCGCUCGCUGGGCGGUGGUGGGCGCGGCGCCCAUCUCGCCGGACGUGCUGCGCUUCUUCGCCGGCCUGGGCCUCACCAUCUGGGAGGUCUACGGCCAGUCCGAGGACUCCGGACCCACCUCCUGCAACGUGCCCGGCAAGGUCAAACUCGGGUCGGCGGGUCCACCCUUCCCGGGAGUGGAGGUGGCGAUCGCGGAGGACGGCGAGGUGCUCGUCCGGGGACCCAACGUCUUCCUCGGCUACUACAAGGACCAGGCGGCGACGGAGGCGACGCUCAAGGACGGGUGGCUGUACUCGGGCGAUCUGGGCCGGAUCGACGAGGAGGGCUUCCUGCACAUCACCGGCCGCAAGAAGGACAUCAUCAUCACCGCGGGCGGCAAGAACAUCACCCCGGCGAACAUCGAACACGCCAUCAAAGCCCACCCCCUGAUCGGUGAGGCGAUCGUGAUCGGAGACAGGCGGCCUUAUCUCGUUGCGCUCGUCACCCUGGACGCCGACGUCGCUGCCGUCAAGGCCAAGGAAAAGGGUGUGACGCCGGCCGAGUUCGCGGCGGAUGCGGGAGUGCGCGCGCUGAUUGAGGCCCACAUCGAGACCGUCAACGCCGACCUGGCCCAGGUGGAGACCGUCAAGCGGUUCUCCGUCCUUCCGCACCCGUUUGCCCUCGAAAGGGGCGAAGUUACGCCCACAAUGAAGCUGAAGCGCAACGUGAUCCACAGCAACUACGCCGCGGAGAUCGACGCCAUCUAUGCCCAGCCCUUCACUCGAGCUGACGCCUGA